CAUCGCUGAUCGCUGAGAAGCGAGAUCCGCCGCCUGAUCAGUGAUCACCGCGUCAACGAAAAAAUCCCGCAUCAAAUAAGUAAAAUCUCCCUCGAUCAAUUCUUCGUCGAUCCAAUCGCUUCUUACUAUAUGAUCGAUUCUUGGGAGAGGAGAGGGGUUCUGUUGGUCCCGUGAUCAGAAAUGAAGCGGUUUGUGUACAUCAACGACGAACUGUCCCAGGAUUCUUACUGCGACAAUCGAAUCUCUAAUCGAAAGUAUACCAUCCUCAAUUUCAUCCCAAAGAAUCUAUGGGAGCAGUUCAGGCGAUUCAUGAAUCAAUAUUUUUUGCUAAUAGCUUGCCUCCAACUGUGGUCACUAAUAACACCUGUAAAUCCUGCAAGUACAUGGGGUCCACUUAUCUUCAUCUUUGCAGUCUCUGCAACAAAAGAGGCAUGGGAUGACUACAAUAGGUAUCUUUCUGACAAGCAGGCAAAUGAAAAAGAAGUAUGGGUUGUAAAGGCAGGCAUUAGGAAACAGAUUAAAGCACAAGAUAUUCGUGUGGGUAAUAUAGUGUGGUUGCGAGAGAAUGAUGAAGUUCCAUGUGAUCUUGUCCUGAUUGGAACUUCAGAACCACAAGGCAUUUGCUAUGUUGAGACAGCUGCUUUAGAUGGGGAAACUGACUUGAAGACGAGAGUUAUUCCGUCGGCUUGCAUCGGUCUAGCAUCUGACCAGCUACAUAAAAUCAAGGGUGUCAUUGAAUGCCCUAACCCUGACAAGGACAUUAGAAGAUUUGAUGCAAAUAUCCGGUUGUUUCCGCCCUUUCUUGACAAUGAUUUGUGCCCUUUAAGCAUCAAUAACACACUUCUACAGUCAUGCUAUUUGAGAAAUACUGAGUGGGCAUGUGGUGUUGCAGUUUAUACAGGAAACGAAACCAAGCUGGGAAUGAGUAGGGGCAUCCCAGAGCCUAAACUGACAGCCGUUGAUGCAAUGAUUGAUAAGUUGACUGGAGCUAUAUUUUUGUUCCAAAUUGUAGUUGUUAUUGUUUUAGGCUUUGCGGGUAAUAUUUGGAAGGAUACUGAAGCUCGUAAGCAAUGGUAUGUUAAGUAUCCUAUUGAAGGGCCAUGGUAUGAGCUUCUUGUCAUCCCUCUACGGUUUGAGCUUUUGUGUUCAAUCAUGAUUCCCAUAUCUAUAAAGGUUUCUCUAGACCUAGUAAAAAGUCUCUAUGCAAAAUUCAUUGAUUGGGAUGAGGAAAUGUAUGAUCAGGAUACUAAUACACCUUCUCAUGCCGCAAAUACUGCGAUUAGUGAGGAUUUGGGACAAGUUGAGUACAUUUUGACUGAUAAGACUGGGACACUUACAGAGAACAGGAUGAUUUUUAGAAGAUGCUGUAUCAAUGGAAUAUUCUAUGGAAAUGAAAGUGGUGAUGCUUUGAAAGAUGUUAAACUGCUCGAUGCUGUGAGUAACAGUACCCCUGAUGUUCUCAGAUUUCUUAUCAUCAUGGCUAUUUGCAAUACUGUCGUACCUAUAAAAAGUAAGAGCGGGGCCAUCUCAUAUAAAGCACAAUCUCAGGAUGAAGAUGCUCUUGUAAAUGCUGCUUCACGCUUGCAUAUGGUUCUUAUGAGCAAAAAUGGCAAUACUCUUCAGCUUAAAUUCGGCAGCACAAUUUUACAUUAUGAGAUACUGGAUAUACUAGAGUUCACCUCUGAACGGAAAAGAAUGUCUGUGGUAGCUAAGGACUGUCAGAGCGGAAAGAUUUGCCUCUUGUCGAAAGGAGCAGAUGAAGCAAUGCUUCCUUGUGCUUAUGCUGGGCAACAGAUAAGGACUUUCGUUGAUGCUGUAGAACAGUAUGCUCAAUUAGGGCUACGUACCCUCUGCUUGGGUUGGCGUGAGUUAAAAGAUGAAGAAUACAAAGAGUGGUCACUUAUGUUUAAAGAGGCUAAUAGCACAUUAGUUGACAGGGAGUGGAAGUUCGCUGAGGUUUGCCAAAGAUUAGAGCAUGACCUUGAGAUUCUUGGGGUCACUGCUAUAGAGGACCGCCUACAGGAUGGUGUUCCUGAAACUAUUGAAACACUGAGGAAGGCGGGAAUCAAUUUCUGGAUGUUAACUGGUGACAAACAAAAUACAGCUAUCCAAAUUGCACUCUCAUGCAACUUUAUUACUUCAGAGCCGAAAGGGCAACUAUUGUUCAUUAAUGGGAAGACAGAAGAUGAAGUGUUUAGAAGCUUAGAGAGGGUGUUACUUACAAUGAGGAUCACUUCAUCAGAGCCCAAGGAAAUACGUUUUCGCUGUGUGGCCUUAGAAAUUGUCCUCAAUAAUCACAGAGAAACUUUCACUGAACUGGCAAUUCUUUCAAGGACUGCAAUCUGUUGCCGCGUAACUCCCUCACAGAAAGCGCAGCUUGUGGAGCUACUAAAACUAUGUGAUUAUAGAACACUGGCAAUUGGUGAUGGUGGCAAUGAUGUGAGAAUGAUACAGCAAGCAGAUAUUGGUGUGGGCAUCAGUGGAAGGGAAGGGCUGCAAGCUGCAAGGGCAGCUGAUUAUAGCAUCGGAAAAUUCAGAUUUCUUAAAAGAUUGAUACUUGUUCAUGGCCGUUACUCAUACAACCGUACAGCAUUUUUGUCACAGUAUUCCUUUUACAAGUCGCUGAUGAUUUGUUUUAUACAGAUACUUUUUUCCCUUUUUUCAGGUGUCUCAGGAACUAGCUUGUUCAACUCUGUUAGUCUGAUGGCAUACAACGUAUUUUACACAAGCAUACCUGUUUUGAGUACUGUCCUUGACAAGGACCUCAGUGAGAAAACUGUGAUGCAGCAUCCUCAAAUCUUAUACUAUUGCCAAGCUGGAAGGCUUUUAAACCCGAGCACUUUUGCUGGAUGGUUUGGGCGGUCAUUGUAUCAUGCAAUCGUGGUUUUCUUUGUGACCAUACAUGCUUAUGCUAAUGAGAAAAGUGAGAUGGAAGAGCUAUCAUUAGUCGCACUCUCCGGGUGCAUUUGGUUGCAGGCUCUUGUUGUGACAUUGGAGAUGAGUUCCUUUACAGUAUUGCAACACAUUGCCAUAUGGGGAAAUUUUCUGGGCUUCUAUGCAAUCAACUACGUAGUUAGUAGUCUACCCUCCGCAGGAAUGUAUACUAUCAUGUUCCGCCUUUGUAGACAGCCGUCUUACUGGAUUACUAUGAUUCUCAUCGUCGCAGUAGGAAUGGGUCCAGUUCUAGCCAUCAAAUACUUCAGAUACACAUACAAAUCAAGUGCAAUUAACUUGCUACAGCAAGCAGAGAGAUCUCCUAACCGAGUAUUUUCCAUGGGGAAUCUCGAGUCACAGCUGAAGACUGUAGAUGAAGACAUGGCCUCUUUGUCCAUAAAUCAACCAAAGAGCAAAAACCCUGUUUAUGAGCCUUUGCUCUCUGAUUCUCCAACUGCUGUUAGAAGAUCUCUUGGACAAUCUACUUUGGAUUUCUUUCAACCGAUACAAUCGAGGCUUUCUUCUUCUUAUUCUAGGAAUUAUAAGAAAAGUUGAGAUAGAUAAAGUUCAAGGUUUCUGUUAACAACAUUGACAAUGUACAGAAUGUUAUAUUGGGCUCCAAGGAGCCACAAAUUUUCUUUGUUGCAUUAUUAGCAAAUAUUUAUACGCAAUGAUGAAAUGCAGAAAAGGAAGUGAAAAAUGUAAGUUACUGAACUUGGAAGCAAGUUUUUAUUUAUUCAUAUGUACUUUUGAUAUGCACCA